AUGCAAAUGGGAUUGCUGUGGCAUGCAAGCAGUCAUACUGGAGAGAAACCUUCUAAAUGCACUGUAUGUGGUAAAGUCUUCUCCUAUACCAGUGAUCUCAUAAGGCAUAAAAGAGCACACACUGGAGAGAAGCCUUUCAAAUGUAAUCAAUGUGGUAAAGUGUUUGCACAAAAGAGUCAUCUCAUAAGCCAUAGAAAAACACAUACUGGAGAGAAACCUUAUGAAUGUAACCAGUGUGGUAAAGCCUUUGCAGAAAACAGUACUCUCUUAAGACAUAAAAGAACACACACUGGAGAGAAACCUUAUGAAUGUAACCAGUGUGGUAAAGCCUUUGCAGAAAACAUUACUCUCUUUAGCCAUAAAAGAACACACACGGGAGAGAAACCUUAUGAAUGUAACCAGUGUGGUAAAGCCUUUGCAAAAAGCAGUCAUCUCAUAAGACAUAAAAGAACACACACUGGAGAG